CAGACUCUUAUAUUGAAAAGCGAGCAGCCACCCGGAAUCACAUGUUCUUUGCUCCGAAGCUCAGAGGUCUGAACUGAACUCCGCGUUCAUGUCAACUUUAGCCAAAGUAAUGUCCAAGUUCCGUCUGGCGGUGGUCCAGCUGCAGGUGAGCAGCGUCAAAGCGGACAACCUAAGCAGAGUCCGGAGGCUGGUGAAGGAGGCUGCAGGAGGGGGAGGACAGGUGGUGCUGCUGCCGGAAUGCUUCAACUCUCCAUAUGGGACCAGCUUCUUCUCCUCAUAUGCUGAGAAGAUCCCUGGAGAGUCCACUCAGGUGCUGUCAGAAGCAGCAAAGGAGAAUAAGGUGUAUCUAGUGGGAGGAUCCAUCCCUGAAGAGGACGGUGGGAAGUUGUAUAACAGCUGUACAGUGUUUGGCCCUGAUGGAGAGAUGAUUCUCAAACACAGGAAGAUUCACCUGUUUGACAUCGACGUUCCGGGAAAAAUCCGCUUCCAGGAAUCGGAGACGCUGAGUCCAGGCAACAGUUUGUCGAUGUUUGAAACACCGUUUUGUAAAGUGGGUGUCGGGAUUUGCUAUGAUAUACGGUUUGCGGAGCUCGCACAGAUCUACAGCAGGAAAGGCUGCCAGCUGCUGGUUUACCCCGGAGCCUUCAACAUGACGACUGGUCCGGCUCACUGGGAGCUGCUGCAGAGGGGGAGGGCGCUUGAUAACCAAGUGUACGUGGCCACGGCAUCACCUGCCAGAGAUGAAAGUGCCUCCUAUGUGGCCUGGGGUCACAGCACUGUUGUAAACCCCUGGGGAGAAGUCGUCUCCAAGGCAGGACCAGAGGAAGCCAUUAUUUACGCCGACAUCGAUCUGCAGUAUUUGUCCGACAUCCGGCAGCAGAUUCCGAUCACAGCUCAGCGGCGGGACGACCUCUACGCUGUGACGUCAACACAGGAAGGAUCAGGCUGAGCGCUGUCACCUGUGGUCCUGUUCGCCAACUGUGGCUGAAAUGAUUCACGCUGAACUGUACGUUAAUUCUCGUCCAGAUGAUUUGAUUCUUUGAAAGUCGAUUGAGGAUCGAUUGGGUGAAGUUCUGGUGCGCUUCGUUCAUUUGACCAGCUAAAGGCAGAUCUUGUGUUGCAUGAGGAAGGCGUGUCCCUCCCAGCACACACUGGGGAAGUACAUUGGUGGAUGACAGUCUCAUUUCUGCAUUUUACUGCUGUUUUGCAAAACGUUGUGCUACAUAAUGUUCCUACAAUUUCCAGUAAAAUGAGUCAUCUAUUAUUUUUUCUAAUCAGUUUCAGUGAGCAAAUAAAUUCUGUUUUGAAUGGACCUGAACAUUAGAGAAGAAGCAACAGUGUAGAGUUACAUUUAAUCCAUUUUAAGGCAGGAAGAGAUUACUGCCAUGGAAAACCCCUCUAAAUGCUUAGCUUUGAUAUACAGCAUGCACUCCAUGUUCUUCCACAUAGGACCUUUGUUAAUGUAAUGAAAUUACAACCAAAUGAAUAACCUCUUGCCUUACUCUCCCUCAUCCAAGCAUGUAGGAGAACUUUCAUUGACCACUAGAAAUGUGAAAGUCUGUCUUUAAAGUCAGUGUUUUGUUUUCAGAUCUGGGUGACUGUAGAGAAAUGGAGAACUCUGUAGACACAAAGGGCUCAUUGUAGUUUAGCGAAAACACAGCACUUCCCUCUUUCAGAUAAUUAUACACCAAUGAAAGCACGAUUCUGAAUAUUAUGUUCAAUUUCUGCAGGAAGAGCCUCUUAAAUCGUUCACACUGGACCUUUAAAUACCACAUGUUCAGACCUCAUUUGUCAGAAUCUUUAAAAAUGUUGUUUUAUAUUUUAUCAUGUAUAAUGAUGAAUAAUAAUUACAUAAACAGAUUAUACCAGUUUCUGACUGACCUAUUUUGUCAUCUACAAUUAUCAGUCUUUCAUUGUAUCUCUAAAAAUGUGAACCAUUGAUAUUUGACUGUUAAAGGAUUCCAGCUUCAUUUUAAACCAGCUUCAAAGAAUCAAAAAAUCGAAGGAAAUUACCAGCAUUAUAAUCUCAGUUAACAGAUGGGGAACAGGAACAAGGAGAAGCAAAGGCACAACACAAAACACUGCAACAGAUCUCUGCUGCAGAAUGUUGAGACUCAUAGUUGUGGAAACAAGUUGCAGUUCGGACAAUCAUUGUUGCAUGAUUUGAGAGCAGUAAAGCUGCAGACUCACUUCUUAGGAAAGGAACUGAGUUUUUUAUGUGUAGCUCUGAAACCCCUCAAGAAAACUGCUGACUUUAGGUGAGAAAUUAAGUCGUUAAUCAUUUCAGGUAACAGUUAAACGUGAAAAUUUACCUCCAUUUUUUUUGACGCGCUCAAUUUUUUAAAAAAAAUGCCUCCAUUUUUAGUGCAAGUUGUUCUUACUGGAAUCUUUCACGUCUAUAGAAACCUUUUUGUUUCUACAGACGUGUUUGACUUCUUUUUUUUGUCUUUUUGUUCAUUUUGUUUAAUUUAUGAUUUUCUUUAUUUUGGCUUCAGAGAUUUAAAGCCUAAAGAAAGUGUUUGCUUUUCCACUGAUCAUUAACGGGUCUAUGAGGUGAAAUGUUAAAAAAGUUUCCGCAGUUGGUUUGAGAAUCUUUAUUAAAAGUUGAAAUACAACAACCCUGUGUGAGGAGAAAAAGUGAUCACUGAACAUAAACUGAUGCCCCAGAACUGAACUUACAGUGGUGGAAAAAGUGUUCGGAAAUAUUGCAUUAAGAAUCACUCUUGGUCUUCAAGUGCAGUUUCUUUUAGUACAAUAACAGCAAUAAUACUAAACAAAUCCUUAAAAAAGCCAUUAAAAACUUACAUUUGAUUGGCUCCACAAAAACAAGAAAAUUUGAGUAUUGAGUCAUUUUGGUAGAAUUUAGUUUUGUUAGUUUUUCACAAAAAAUAAAAAAAAUAUCAUUUGUGUUUUUUUGUGUCUGUCUAAUGCAGCCACACCUUUUGAGACACAAAAAAAGAUUUUUACACAAAUAUUUUGAGAUUGUAUAAAAUUUCAAGAGUGUUUGAAAACUUUUUUUUCCACCACUGUAUGUGAAACCCGCCUGACUGAAUAUUUAAGUGGUGACCAUAACAAAUACAUAUUUACAUAUCAGUGCUUUGUUGCCUUGCGGCUGAAAAAUAAAAAGUGACAGUUCAUAGAUUCAGAAUUUCA